AUGUGCCAGGAACAGGAGCAAACACUUUCUCAGGUGAAGGACUCACAUGAAUCAGCCAUGAAUGUGAAUGAAGACACUGUUCCCAGGAGGCUUGGAGCCACUAACAAAGUCUGUUUGUAUUCCAUCAUCGCCACCCUGGGUGUGUUGCUCGUCUUUGCCUUGGCCACCAUCAUGGUCCUGGUCGUCCAGAGGAAGGUAGCUGAUCCUGUCAUGGAGGGCAUCAAAAAACCCAUUAAGACAGGUAACACCUUUGAAGACCUUUUGAAAAUCCAACAGAGUGUCCCAGCCAAGGGAGCUGUUGCCUACAUGAGAGUGUCCAGCGCAGUGAACAGCUCCAAGCUGAGCCUGGUGGAGAAGGGGACCUGUGAGGCCAUCCAGUGCAUGAGCCAGGAGCUGGUGAUCAGGGAACAAGGCCUCUACUUGAUCUUCUGCCACUUGAACUUUCACUUUCCCAACUGCUCCAAGAGCCCCAUCGACCUCAAGAUUGAGCUCCUGGUGAACGACAAGGUGGACAGGCAGACGUUGUCCACACUGUGUGCGUCGGAAACGUGCCAAGACAAGACUUUUAAGACUUUGCUCCAGCUGCACUUGACACACCUGAAAGUGGAGGACCGGAUAUCGGUAACACUGAACCAUCCUGAAUUCCUGAAUGACAUUUCUCUUCCCAAUGAAAACGUUCUCGGGGUCUUGAGGUACAGCGAUGGAAUGUGA